ACUCAGAAAAUGCAUCAAAUGUCUUCUGUCCCCACUACGCUGGAGAAAUUUGAAAACGCAACAUUAAUGUACCGGUGUUUGCGGAAAACUCGGCUAGAGAAAUCACAUAAUUAUCGCAUGUCAUCGUUUUCGAGAAGCCCCGUUUUCAAAAUAUAAGUGUUUCCCGGACAUGCACACAAACACUCAAAGCCGGCGUUUUCAAAUUCCUCCGGUUUGAAGAGCAUUUUCCAAAUUAAAAACUCCGCUUUCGUGGCGGAUUAGUGUGGACGGUAGGCCUAACCGUAAAAAUAAAGCUGCGUUUUCAAUUUCUCGGGCGUAGUGUAGAAGGGGCCUCGGUGUUUGCAAAUGCGAUAAAACAAAUGAAGGUCUCUUGUGGCUAACAGAUUACGUUUUGUUAAGAGGGAGGCCUCCGUUUGAUCUUGUCACUCUGUCACCUGUAUCUUGUCAACAUAUCAGCUAGAAUCAUGUCACUUUUAUUCCGCCCGCUGUAGAAGAUAUAAAAAAACAAAUGAAGGCUUUUUUCCGGCAGAUGCAAAAUUUAUUUCAGUUACCAGCUCAUGUUGCACAUCGAUGAAGACUUACUUUUUCUUAGUGAAGAAACAGUUUAAGAAACAUACGGUAAGUUUACUUGUUUUAAAUCUCGUAAAGUGAUCAAGAUUUAAUCAUACCUUCAAAUACUACCCCAUUGGUAGGCAAAAAGCUAAUGAUAUAGAAAUUCAACAACGAUUAAAUAUUCUCGGUGAUGGCCCGCUAAACCAAAUUUAGGCCAAAUCUAAAAUUGAAAGAGAUCUAAAUCAGACAAAAGGAAAAUGAUAUCGAUAUUUUAGAAAGAGAAUAGCUCCAAAUAUUAACAAAAAAGGUCUCUACAGCUGCCACUCUGAUUCAUGAAAGACGAAACUACACAACAAAAAAUGAAAGAAAUUGGCUUUUCUAAUUUUCAUUCAUAUUUCUGCAAAUAACUUAUGCAGAUGACUUUUAAUUAUCAACUUAAUUUCCUUCCAGGCCGGCAAGAAAUUUAAUUGCGAGGUUUUGUAUUUCCGUGUUGAUUUUCUCCACGAAAUUUCUCCCUGCAUGCCAGCUACCACAAGCUAAGUACUUAUCAUACCUAUUGCAAUUUCUUUUAUUAUUAUUAUUUCGUUAAUUUUUGGUUGUAAAUUUCCUUCGAUUUCUGUCGAUUUAAUUCAAGAGAACUCUGUGCAUUAUGUGUAAAUAAUCAGGGAAUAGUGUCUAAUCGCAUUUUGAAAUCGAUUUCUCACCGGAAGACAAACGUGCUUGGUUUUGCAGUCAAGAUAUCUCUCCAAGUAAGCUUAUAUACUCAAAUUUCGAGAAUAUUUUUUCGAUACACCUACACGAUAAAAGGCUUAAAACUUAAGGCUAUAGAGGGUCGAUAUCAUUGGAAAUCGAUAUGGAAAUCAAUUGCAAAAGUAUUCCAAUGUCGCGAAUUAUUUCGCAAUUGGUUGUUUCUAAAAUUAAGAAUCUUGAUCUAAACAAGAAAAAUUAUGUAGAACCAUUUUGGACCGGCUAAAGUGUUGCUGAAAGUGUUAAGGUAAAAAUAACGCAACCUUUUUAUAAAUCCGUUAUUCCCAACUUUGCGCGCUAGGAUACGACCAAGGUAGGAAACUUUUCCACUGACAUAGCUAUAACAAGUACAACUGACUGAAUUACUAACAAGUUGUACCUGAUAUAAUGAUAUUUUUUCGUAGUAAAGCCGACAUGAAGGCACCAUGGCUACUUGCUGCCGCGUUGCUGUUACGGCACCUGGUAACUAGUGCCCAGGGCUCUAGGAACUCCACUUCUCAUUGCAGCGUUGAUGCUCGUUGUCGCUGUUUGUUAAAACCAAGUGGAUUUUUGGAUACUAGAUGUCAGUUAAAUGGUUCUUCGCAACCAGUAUCGCCUCUGGUUCUUUUUAAAUCCUUAGAUCUAUCUAGAAACAGCCUUCAACACAUACCCACGGAGUUUUUGCUGAAUCAGAGUCAGUUGGUUAACCUCUCUCUGGCUUACAACGACAUAUCCACUAUAAAAGAUGGUGACUUUGGAACUCUCCCUAAUGUCAAAUUAUUAGACCUGAGCUUUAAUCCUUUGCAAAGAUGGGAAGGUGACGUCAUUCGCCAGCUUCCGAACCUGACGGCCUUAAUCGUUACCGGAAGUGCUUGGACCCCAGAUAGCAACAUAUUAAACUUGCCAUCCCUAGGACGCAUCCACGGUGUUACAUGGAGCGACGAAUGCGCAAACUGUACGCUGGUCAGAUCGAAUAUUCCCAGUGGAUUCACCCUCAGUAAGGACAGUCCAGCCAAGAAGUUUGUCGAACGUGGAUUUUUUUCAAUUUGCGCCAGCCCUUUGAAAUGUUCUCCAAAAUUUCGUAAGAUAACUUCUAGCCCUGCUGAAAAAGCAAAAGUACUAAACGUGCCCAAGAAACUAUUUUACACCUCAUACAUUAUGGGUUCAGUAGCCAUUCUGCUAAAUUUAAUUGUCUUGAUCACGGUUUUUUCCUCGAGAUCCCUUCGCCAGAAAACAUCGAUGCUUCUUAUCGCCAACAUGGCGAUUUGUGAUGUCUUCAUUGGAAUUUACUCCAUCAUCAUUGCCGAUUUGAACAUCUUCAACUUUUUGUCCAACGUGAGUGACAAAUUGAAGUCAGGCGAGAAGCUUGUUCUGGGGGGAGGUGUCCUCUGUCCACUUGCAGCCAUCAUAUUCACCACAGCUGUUUGUGUGGCAGCGGUAACCUCCCUUCUACUUACGGUGGAGAAGUACUGCUCCAUAGUCUACUGUAUGAAUCCCGACCAUCGCUUAAACAAAAAAAUAGCUGCUGCAUGCCUGUUGUUCUCGUGGGUUUUAUCACUCAGCUACGCACUGUCCCCCCUUUUCCAUGUUCUAAAUCUCUCUUACAGCGCCACAAUGAUGUGCAGUUUUCCAGUUGCACAGGAGAACACAUUCCUGAUUUGCCUCGGAGUUCUCAUCGCACUCUACAUCGCGAAUAUCCCUUUAUACGUGCGAAUAUUUCUGUUCGUGAGACGUUCAGGUUCCCAUUUAGGAGUGAAAAGAGAAGCAGCCAUCUUAAGGAAGAUUGCCCUUGUUGUUGGCAGCAAUUUUGUCCUCCUGUUGACACCAAUGAUUCUAAUAAUCACGUUCGUGCCUGUAAAGGACAUCCACGACACGAUUGAACUUAACAGUGGUCAUAACACCCAGAUGUUAUUUGUGGUUGGUUUCUGGCUCCCUAUCGCCUGUCUGGGACUAAAUUCCUGCAUCAAUCCCAUUCUUUGUGCCUUCAGGCAGGGGCAGUUUGUCAAGCGGAUCAGAAAAGUUCUGAAAACGCACAGAAUUCCACCGUUUGUUGAAGCCCUCAGGAGACAUGAAGGAACUUCGUCGAUAUCACAGUUAAACACAGCCUCAUCUCAGAUUGUGCUCUACAAGGUAACUCUCUUCGAGAAGUAAACAGAGAUUAGUGGUUAUAUCAUUAUAACCGAAAGUUUAACAUUGAAAAAAAAAAAAUUCUGUUACGACGCAGAUCCUUGUUUGACUACCACCGUUCAAAGUGCUGUAUUUUACAACCAGGAUCGGACAUGUACAAUCUCUGCCAUUAGCUGUUUAAGUGACUACUCAUAUUUCAGUUCGUAUGUGAAGUGUGUGUAACCGUAUGACCACUUAAACUAAAAGGAAAGAAUGAAAAAAAGUCUUAUCUAAAUAUACUCACGCAUCAGUACGAAUUGCGGACCUAUUUUGGACCGCCUUUAGUCAAGUCGUUGGUCUUUUCAUUGUAAAAAAGACUCUAGAUCUGUUGAGAUGACUAGAUGACGAUAAAAAUUAGUAAUUUUAAUAUUAUUAUUUAUUAAUUAACAUUAUACAGUCAACGCUCGUUAUAGCGGACAACCUCGUGACCGUCAUUUACUGUACGUAAUAGCGAGAGUCCGCUAUAGCGGGGUGUGAUGAAAAUUGCUCAAGUUUUGGAACUGUCGCAUAUCAGGUGUACUGCUAUACCCUUUUAAGAUUUCUAGUUUCUUAUUUGUAGUGUACAUUUACUGUAAUUUAUAAUCAUCAUAGGUCGAUAUACUAUAGUUUACAUUUCAAGAGUGCGGUGAAUAAUUAGCUCAUUUAUUACCUCCAAGUUGUCCGUUGUAACGAGAGUAGAACAAUACAAAAUAUUAGUCUGGGACCACAUGAAGUGCCCGCAGUUCCGUUUUACAGUGGGAGUUCGUCAUAGCGGGAGUUCUAUACCGGCAUUUCUUUGUAAGUUCGGACGGGGAUUUAGCUUCUGUCCGUAAUAUAUAGCGGAAUGUCCGAAAGGCGAGAGUUGACGGUGCGAUAUAGUCGAGGUCAGACAAAAUGACGGAGGCUUUAUAGCUUUAGUGUUUUAAAAUGUUCCACCCAGUUCAAGGCAUAUACAGUAUUACCGAAUAAGGGCAUUCGUUCCUGACGUGGUAGGUAGGUAAAGUCUGCAUACGGGCAGAGUGGCCCAGCGGGCCGGAGCUUAUCCCCGUUUCUGUAGC